AUGGCGGCUCAGGUUAGCGAGAAGCUGCAGGACCUCCACCUGAACGGCCUGAAUGGUGACGCCAAAUCAAAUGCCACUGUUAUCGGUCAGACAGAAGCUGGUGAGGCAGAAGAUGACUCGGACGACGAGAAGGAAGAUGGAAAUACUGCUCCGGAGGCCGGUGCAGGCGGAGGUGCGUACCUACACGUCUGGGUCAUAUUUGAAAUGCCUGUCAGUCAGGCCUUGGGAAUGCUUGCUUACAAUUCCCGGAUUCCAGCUGCAAAGAAAAAGAAGCGCAAGUCCAAGAAGAAGAAGAAGGGAGGCGCCAAGGUUCAGAGUUCUCCCCCGCGUGUCCCAGUAUCGAAUCUUUUCCCCAACAAUCAAUAUCCCGAGGGCGAAAUCGUUGAAUAUAAGAAUGAGAACUCCUAUCGCACAACCAACGAGGAGAAGCGUUAUCUGGAUCGCAUGAACAACAACUUCUUGCAGGAGUACCGCCAAGCUGCCGAGGUGCAUCGUCAGGUCCGCCAGUAUGCGCAAAAGACGAUCAAGCCCGGCCAGACCUUGACAGAAAUUGCCGAGGGUAUUGAGGAUGCAGUGCGUGCUCUGACUGGUCACCAGGGACUUGAGGAAGGUGAUAACCUCAAGGGUGGUAUGGGUUUCCCUUGCGGUUUGAGCAUUAAUCAUUGUGCGGCUCAUUACACUCCCAAUGCUGGCAAUAAGAUGGUGUUGCAGCAAGGGGAUGUGAUGAAGGUCGACUUUGGUGCUCAUAUCAACGGCCGCAUUGUUGACAGUGCCUUUACUAUGACUUUUGAUCCUGUCUACGACCCUCUGCUGGAAGCCGUCAAGGAUGCUACCAACACCGGUAUUCGGGAAGCCGGUAUCGAUGUGCGUAUGAGCGACAUUGGUGCAGCCAUCCAGGAGGCCAUGGAGAGUUAUGAAGUCGAGCUCAACGGCACGAUGUACCCUGUGAAGUGCAUCCGGAACCUGAACGGUCACAAUAUCGAUCGGCACAUUAUCCACGGCGGCAAGAGUGUGCCCAUUGUGAAGGGCAGUGACCAAACCAAGAUGGAGGAGGGUGAAACCUUCGCCAUCGAGACCUUCGGUAGUACUGGGAAGGGUUACGUGAGAGAAGACGUAAGUGCUCUCAGGAAGACGCCGUUGCUUGCGUUCGGAAUAUGCUUACCCCAUAUUUUUCUGCAGAUGGAAACGUCCCACUAUGCCCUGAUCCCCGAUGCGCCUUCGGUCCCUCUCAGACUCUCUUCUGCGAAGAACUUGCUCAAUGUCAUCAACAAGAAUUUCGGCACACUGCCCUUCUGCCGUCGGUAUCUUGACCGACUAGGCCAGGAGAAAUAUCUCCUUGGAUUAAAUAACCUUGUUUCGUCGGGUAUCGUACAGGAUUAUCCUCCACUCUGUGAUGUCAAAGGUUCAUACACCGCCCAAUUCGAACAUACCAUACUUCUCAGACCAACCGUAAAGGAAGUCAUAAGCCGGGGAGACGAUUACUAA